AUGUGGUUCCUCGGCAUUCCAGUUAUACAGGGAAGGAAGUUAGAACUGGCUGAAAAUAAUUACGACCAUUUUCUUCCUUAUGCAAAAGACGCAUACCUGACUGGUCAUCAGUUGGCAAUAGAGAAAGCACGAGAAGCCAGUCAAUAUCCACAAGAUCCUGAAUUGAGGAAGAAACUCCUUCAUGAAGCAUUUUCAAUGGAAGCAUUUGCGUGUCACUUUCUUACUGACAGCUUCGCUAGUGGCCACAUUAGGUAAGAAAAAUGAUCUUAAGGAUCGAAGAUUUUUCCACUGAAAGACUUAGUUUUCUGUUCUCCUUCGACCUUGUUUGUUGAGAUAGUUUUCAACGUGUCUUUCAAGAGGAUUCUCACAGGUUUAACGACCCAAAAAGAGUAACUAAAGCAGAACAAACUUUUCGAAGGGAAAGGGGGAUUUUAGACGUGCUCGAAAGCGGAUGGUCCCCGCCCAGUCUUAGGCCUCCCCCCAAAACGGAUUUUUUUGUUUUGCUUUCUAAAUGUUAAUUAUUAAAUUCUUAUUUGAUUUUUUCAAAAACAACCAGAAAAACAUGAUUAAUUUUUUUAGGAAUGAUUGAUUUUUCCUUUGGUCUGAAGCUGUCUGACGGAAGCCGUGUGCGCUUCGGUUGUUUUCAAUUAUAAAUUUUACAAAUUUUAUCUCUGCUUAUAUCAGGACGCCAAGAGUUGAAAUGGGAAAAGCAACUACUCUAGGAAAAGAUGGCCAUUUAUUAUGUAAGUACAUGCACGACGAGGACAACAAAUAUGGUUUGCGCGUGACAAAUCUAAGGGGUGAUAAAUGGAUUACAUAUGGUGAUGGUAUGCUUCUGAAAGAAAAGAGCAAAGAUAAUUUAAAUGUAGCAGCAGAAGCUGUGCAGAAAUCAGUUGAUCAAGUCUACGAGGCUUACACAAAUCCUUCGGGAUCUCUUGAUCCCUCUGAGGUAACCGACCUACUACCUUUUGUUGAUCAGGAGGAAAGAAACAAUUCUCCAAUGUUUCAGAUGAUAGAUGGAAAGCUUCUCAGAAGAUCAGACUUGAACGAUCUCCAGGGUACUACUACAACUGCCAGUUGGUGGGGACCGACAACAGUAGCAAUGCUACAGGUUUACAAACCUGAAAGCUCUGCUAUAUAGGCGUACCGUGCAAUUGCUCAAAACCUAUAUUACCAGGAGAGAGCAAGAACUUUUAAAAUGCUAGCUUAAAGAGAAAAAUGUAUUAAACAUAUUCAAGAUAACGAUCACAGCUGAAAAUCUUACUAAUUCUAGUGGCGAUAUUUUUUUACCUCACGAUUAUUGAGAUGAUGUCACCUGUAGAACUGAAUUCAGUUCCAGUUUAUACAUGUACCAGUCAGAUUUAGGGAAGUAGGUCUGAUUGACAAUUGGUACGUAUUUUAGUUGUACUCUGUGGAAUAAGAGAUUCUUACAUGUCUUCGAUUUUAUAAAUGACGUUUUUUAAAUUCUAUCGGAAUUUCUAGUUUUUGUCUGCUUAAAGUAAGAUGACAAUUUUAAACCGCGAAAAGAGAAAUAGCUUUAUAGGGUCAGCUUGAAAAGCGGUGUGUGUAUUAUUUCUCAUCCUAGCGUAAAAACAAGGCCAAGAAAUUAAUGAAAGACUAGCUUUCAGGCUACAAUCGCGAAUAGAAUAAACUGGAAAAACAAGCCCUCCUCUCUCAAAGUCUAAGGUUGUGUGCAACGCGUAAGUCAAGUAAGGGCCUGUUUACAUGACGGUGGGGGACCCCAGGUAGGUGAGGCAACCUGUGGCGGGUCACCCCACAUUUCAUGUAAACGUCUUGAUCAAAUUAAAAAGAAAGAUUAUAUGGACAGGCGGGUUACCCUACCCAAGCGGGUCACCCCACCUACCUCGGUUUCCCCACCUCUAUGUAAACAGGCCCUGAGUUGUUAAGUAGGACAGACUGGGAGCGAUAUACAAGAACACUUGCUGAGUCUGCCAGGCCACUUGCAUCGGUAAGACUGGUAGAAACCUUUGCACACACCUAACUGAACACAUACGCCAGUGAAAAAAGAAUGUCAACAUUAACAAUUGAAUUACAACGGAACACCACUUCCAAACAAGCCAUCGCAUCACUUGGAUAUAUUAUACUUUUUCUACAGGCUACUACCAGCGAUCCGCUUAAGAAAGCUGGUUUAUACAAGAAACACAUACAUACAUACAUACAUACAUAACCUUUAUUAAAGUGUCUUGUCGUUCUAGUGCCUAUUGGCACUAAUUGGGGACACCUUUAAAACUAAAUUACAUCAUUAAUAGAAACUAAUUAAGUACUAUAAAGGCCGGAAAUUCACACUAUUCAAGCUAAGUGCUCUUUUACACUCUAAAAACUAAGUUCUAGAUUUAACACUUCGAAGCUAAGUUCGAAAAUUUACAAUAUAAAAACUAAAUGCGUAUAUUAGCUCGGACACUAAAAUGAAUAAGUAAAUAUGCGUACGUCCUCUUAAUCUAAGCAUAAGCGGCAUUCACUCCCACAUCCCUCAAGAAAUGAUGUUACAUCCUUCUUACGUAUCAUUGUCCUAAAAGUUGCCAAAGUUGCAAUAUUUCUCUCCUCCUUGCUUAGUUUAGACCAUAAUUGUGGUCCGAGAAAUCUGAGAGAAUGUUUUCCAUAAGUAACAGUUUUAAACCGAGGUAAGACAAAAUCUGCAUUUCUUAGGUUAUAUCUCUUACUAUUAAUAUUCUCCUCGUUGAUAUUAAAAAUAUCCGCAAUUUGGUUCACUGUUAAUUUGUUUUUUACUUUAAACAUCAAAAUGAGUAUAUCCUGCAACCUCCUAUUUUGUAAAAUAGUCAACUUAGCUCUUUUCAGCAAGGUGUCAUAACUUUCGGUAGUAGUAUUAUACACUAAUCUUAAGGCUCUUUCUUGUAGACGCUCCAAUUUACGACUAUCAGAUGCCGUGCAAAAAUGCCACACUAGGUGGCAAUAAGUAAGGUGUGGCAUAAUAGCUGAUUUGUACAAAAGUAACUUGGCAUUUACUGGCAUAAGAUUUUUAAGCCUUCUUAAUAUUCCGAUCAUCCCGCCAACUUUCUUACACACACUACGUAUAUGAUCUCUAAAGUUUAGGUUUUCAUCUAGGUUUACACCUAGGAUCUUGAUGGAUUGUGACUGUUCGGCUUUUUCGCCACAUAUAUCCAGAUCAACGUUCCUUUCUCCUUUUGGAUUUCCCAAAACCAUGGCUUGAUAUUUAUCGCAAUUGACUUUUAAAAGAUUAUCUUGAUACCAUUUAGUCAUCCUCUCUCCAUUGUCCACCAGUAUCUUCUCCACGCUUUUGGUUGUUUCGUUUGCUACAAAGACCUGAUGGUCAUCCGCAUACAUCGAGACAUUGGCAUCUGAUAUUAUGCUAGGCAUAUCGUUCUGGAAAAUAUUCCACAUGAGUGGUCCAAACGUACUUCCCUGUGGACAUCCUCUCUUCACCACAACCCAGUCACUUGUUACAGAACCUAUCCUUACUCUGUUCUUUCUUCCCUGAAAAUAUGAUCGUAUGAGCUGUAUGGCUUUAUCGGAGAAAUUGUAGGCUUGCAGUUUAUUUAUGAGCAACUGAGGGCUCAGAGAGUCAAAAGCCUUGCUCAUAUCCGAAGACAAUAUGCCGACAAUUUUCUUGCUGUCUAGUUCAGCUCUCCAUGUUUCGGUCAGCCUAAUCAGCGUGGUCUUACAGCUAUUCUUUGCACGAUAGGCAGUGAUAGCAUCACUGAGUCUAUCAUCCAUAAACUUACUGACUUGUUGGCCCAGCAAUACUUCAUAGACUUUAUUCACGCAUGGCAGCACCGUGAUAGGUCUAUAGUUUAUAUCCCUUUGUUUAAACACUGCUGAAUCGAAGUCAAAAGUUGCCGGUUCCUUGAUCAAAUGAAGCAAAUCUUGACAUCUAUAAAAUGAGAGAACAUACUGAACAUUUUGAAUAAACAGUGACCGUUUUCACCGGUAAAAGACUGGUUGAAAGGCACCCCUCACAUCAUCAUCAGUCAUUCAGGCCGUUAAUAUCAGGAGCCCGUUCCUCGAAAGUACCGAUAGUUAAUGUAAGAUUGUCUUGUCAAUAUUCUAAAGGUAAUAUUAUAACGGUGUCGGUUAACAACAAAAAAAAAUGACUGGCUUGUUUGCUAGGAACCGAUAGUUGAUUUCGGACGUUCGAGGAACGGGCCCCUUAGACCACACUCACCGGGACGUAACAUACUCCAUCUGCUUAUGACUUUCGACUGCUUUCGACUGCUUUCGACUUUCAAGGACAAAGACAGACAGCAGACAGGAGGAUAAGCAAGGAGCAGUAUACAAGAACAAAAGCUGCGACAACGACUUAUUGACGAAUCCAGCAAAACCAACACGGACAGAAUGACCGGACAAACGCCAAGUUUACUUACAGAGAACGAAUUGCAACGCACCAAUCACAUUUUAGAGUCCUAUUUAAUUGACCAAUUCAAUUAAAUUGAAUUCAAUUCAGUUUUUUUUCACUCACGCAAAAUAUGUUAGAUUAUAAUAAUAUUACAACCGAAGGUUCUAAACAAAGUGGAUACCAAUAUAUGCAUAUGUAGAAGCUGAAAAGAAUUAUAUGUCCAAAUAAUUCACAAAGUCAAUAAAAUUCCUUCCAUAUCACGACACUCACAAAAUCAGGUGAAAAAGCGGUUGAAAGUAACUCGGAGGAAAUUUGCAUAUGAUUACCCAAAUUGAUACGCCAAUCAAGCAUCUUGGCGUUUGCAACCGAACCGAGUCAGCAAAUGUACUUAAGGUUCGCUAUGCGAGAUUCUAAAACUAAUUAUUAUCAUAAAGAAUGUAGAAGUUGCGAACUCGUGAACUUUAACAAACCGAAAAAAUCAUAAACCACACACAGCAGACAGAUUGAGAUAAACUAAUCCGAAUCGAUUUUGUACAUUCACCCAUGUGUUUUCUCCUCCUGUUUUGCUGUCUUCUUCAAUUUGAAUCCUUUUUUAGCAUUUCAUUUGGCAAGUGUUGAUAUUGCCUAAAAUUCACGGUGUGCGGUAACCAAGUUGUUGUUGUACUCAUGGGUCACAUGAUCAGUUAGUAGAAUAUACGCACCUGCUUUUCGACCACAAACGUAGCGUUGAUAAGUACAAACAAAUUUGUUUUGUUUUUUAUUCGAGAGUAGAAGUAGAAUAUUUGUUUUGGAGGUGAAUUUGAAUUACGAAUCCAGGGUUAGAUUCACUAUAAAGACAAUGGAUUUAACUGCGAAUCGUCAUUUCGUCGAAGUAGUUUCAUUUGACUCCCCGAUUGAACACCCAAAAAUUGGUGAAAAAAUACACCUGAAAUAUGAAUUUAGGAAAAUAACACUCCCAAACGGUGUAGAGGUUAAGUUCGAGGAGAUUAUAGGCCUCGCUGGAAACUUUUAUGGAUUGCCUGAAAACCCAAUUAUUGAUCCCUUUAAAGAAGAAUAGGAAGACUUCUUACGAAAGCAGCGCUUUCGAGGUGCCUACGACACACUUGCAAGGGCACCAAAGGAUAAUUACAGAAGGAACUUGACAAGCUGUUGGCUUUCUUUGGGAAAGAAAGAGUCCUGGAUACAGAAACAGCGGACGAAAUCACUGGUGGUAUCUGGUUCCUCGGCAUUCCCGUUAUACAGGGAAGGAAGUUAG